GUUGUUUCACGAUUUCAACUCUAAGGGCCGCUGUUGAUUUGCAGAAAGCUAUACGUAUAGCAGCUGAAUGUGGUUGGGCUGUGGCGAAGCUGGUUUAGAGAUUUUAGAUGAGACCAAAGAGUGUCGAUGAAGGGAGACAGUCAGCGAAAAACAGCAACCGAACUGGAUUACUAUUUUAAUACUUACACCAUUUCUGAACAUCGUGUUAUAACGGGAAAGGGAUUUUUUUACUAAAUACCUAAAAUGAUUUUGACUACAGUACGAGUUAUUUGUUGCCAGUCGAGAACAAAACAAAUGGAUCAUGUGUUCUUAUGGAGGGUCUUAUUCGUCAUGACGGUUUGUUAUUUCUCUAACAAUAGCGCACAGAUUCGUUACUCGGUUCCAGAGGAGACGAAGAAAGGAUCGCUUAUCGGGAAUAUAGCUCAUGAUCUUGGUCUGGAUGUGCAAAGACUGCGCUCGGGUCGGGCCCGUAUCGUUUCUGGUGACAGUACUCAAUACGUAGAGCUGAAAACAGACAAAGGGACUUUGGUUGUAAAUGAGAGAAUUGACCGAGAGCAGCUUUGCGCGGAAACCACUCCAUGCAGCUUCACGUUUGAAAUAAUACUCGAUAACCCGGUGGAACUACAUCAUGUUACGGUUGAAAUAUUGGAUAUAAACGAUCACUCUCCAACAUUUCCUAAAGAUGAAAUUAAUCUCGAAAUUAGCGAAUCGGCCACACCGGGGGCUCGCUUCGUACUGGGAAGUGCAGAUGAUCCGGAUGUAGGCAUAAAUGGUCUCCAAAAUUAUGCAUUAUCACCGAAUGAUAAUUUCAUUUUAAAACAGCAUGCACGGCAGGGUGGGGUGAAAUAUGCUGAAAUUGUCCUUCAGAAGCCUUUAGAUAGAGAGCAGCAUCCACGACUCUCUCUAAUUCUCACAGCAAUCGAUGGAGGAAAUCCACCAAAAUCUGGUAACGUAAAAAUAGAAAUAGCUGUGCUAGACGCAAAUGAUAACGCACCUGUAUUUAAUCAGUCAGUUUAUAGAACAACAAUAGAAGAAAAUUCCCCUAAAGGAACUUACAUAAUCAGAAUCAAUGCUAGUGAUGCAGACAGUGGGGCAAAUAAGUUAAUUUCCUACAGCUUUACAAAUUUAAAGGUAAUUGGUGAUAUUUUUGAGUUAGAUGAAAGCACUGGUGUUGUAACUUUAACUGGGGUGCUUGACUAUGAAAAGGCAAAGAAAUAUGAAAUUGAUGUUGAAGCAAAGGACCAAGGCGGUUUAGGAGACUCUGGUAAAAUAAUUGUUGAUUUAAUUGAUGUAAACGAUAACGCACCUGCUAUCAGUGUUAUGUCAUUUUUCACCCCAGUAACUGAGGACGCACCUGUUGGCACCACUAUUGCUAUUUUCAGUGUCAAGGAUCUAGAUGCAGGAGAAAAUGGCCAUGUUGUUUGUACAAUUGAUCGAAGUACGCCAUUCAAACUACAGUCCUCAUUACGGAAUUAUUACACUUUAGUAACAGAUGCUGCUUUAGACCGUGAACGCGUGGGAGCCUAUAAUAUCACUAUCACAGCCACAGAUUCAGGGACACCUGCCCUUUCUAGUCAGAAAACUUUAAAUCUGAAAGUGUCAGAUAUAAAUGACAACCCACCUAAGUUCGAAAAAAAUGUUUACACUGCCUACAUUCCUGAAAAUAAUCCACUUGGUUUAUCUAUAUUUACAGUGAGUGCGCACGAUGAUGACUCGAACCAAAACGCACGAAUUUCUUAUCUUUUAGAUGAGACUACAGUGGGUGGAGCACCCGUUUCAUCUUUUAUAUCAAUAAAUGCUGACAGUGGAGUGGUACACGCAUUGCGCGCUUUUGAUUAUGAGCAAAUGAAAAGUGUCCGUGUUUAUGUAAAAGCACAAGAUGGAGGAUCUCCACCUCUCGUCACAAAUGUGACUUUAGACAUUAUAAUCCAAGAUCAGAAUGACAACGCUCCCCACACUGGUUCCUCAAAUCCUACCCUGGAGAACCGCUGCCCUGCAGAGUUUAGCAUCAACCCUGAUCAAACCCAUCUACCUCAGGUUGAAGCUAACUCUGCAGGGCACCGGCUCUCCAGGGUAAGAUGGGAGGAACCAUGGUCUAUACAGAGAUAA